GCAAACGUCUAUUGAGAAUGUACAUUUCUAAACGUGUGUGAUGUUAUGUAUAAACAACGCCGGCCGGAUAAACUGGUAUUUUUAUAGCGUCGACUGCCAGUCAUCUUCACGUCACGAACAUUUGAACAUUUGGUGCUAAAAGAUAAAGUGUCUAAAAAGGAAGAGAGAGAAAAAAAAAGAAACAAAAAUGGUGAAAGCAAAGAAAUACGUCGUUACCAGUCGAUUCAAGGGCAUGCCAAAACUAGAGGACUUUAACGUCGUGGAAGAGGAGCUCCCUCCGCUGAAAGAUGGAGAGGUUCUCGUGAAGACAGAGUGGAUCAGUGUAGACCCCUACCUGAGAACUUAUAACCCUCAUAUCAGUCUACCUUAUGACCAGUUCGGCAACCAAAUAGGAGAAGUACUUGAAAGCAAAAACGACAAUUAUCCAGUCGGGACCAAAGUGGUUUCCCACAAAGGAUGGAGAGACUAUUCCGUAUUUAACCCAAACGAUAGCACAGACCAACUUGACAGAGCAUACAAAUUGCCCGAUUUGCAAGGUCUGUCCGAGUCUUUAGGCAUAGGAGCAGUUGGUAUGCCAGGUGCCACAGCGUAUUUUGGCUUCUUAGAAAUCUGCAAGCCAAAAGCUGGCGAGACUGUAGUCGUGACUGGAGCAGCUGGAGCUGUAGGUUCAAUAGUCGGGCAGAUAGCUAAAAUCAAGGGCUGCAAAGUAAUCGGCUUCGCUGGUUCGGACGACAAAGUACAAUGGCUGGAGAAAGAUUUGGGUUUCGAUAAAGCUAUAAAUUAUAAAACCGCGGAUGUCCUCAAAGAGCUAAAACAAGCGGCUCCCAAAGGAAUAGAUUGUUACUUUGAUAAUGUUGGUGGAGAAUUGAGCAGUAUUAUUAUAAGCCUGAUGAAUCUGUAUGGGAGGGUUUCCGUAUGUGGCAUGAUAAGUUCGUACAAUAGUGAUUCAGGGCAGUCGCCUAAAGGAACGUUGGUUCAACCAUCGAUAGUGUUCAACCAGUUGAAAAUUGAGGGGUUCGUUGUGGCGCGAUGGGUCUCUGAAUGGCCUGAUGCGUUCAAUGAAUUAGUGCAAUGGAUCAAAAACGGGAAAUUAAAGGCAAAAGAACACGUCACAGAGGGGUUUGACCGAUUGUUUGACGCAUUCGUAGGAAUGCUUGCUGGCGAUAAUUUCGGAAAAGCUGUGGUAAAGGUAUAAUUUCCUUAAUAUUUGGCGUAUACCAAGACGAUACUUGUUUAUAUUGACAUUGUUAUGACGGUUUAUAUUAUUGUCUUUCUAACCUCUAUAUGACAAGCACGAGUUAUUUUACGGGCAGUUUUAUUUGCAUUUUUAAAUUAAUGUCCAUCAUUGCCUGUUCCUUGUUAAGCUUUAAUUUUUUAAUAAAUAAAAGAAAUUCAUUAUUUUUAGUUUUGUUUUUAAAACGUGUUUUGGUUUAAGGUUGGGUUCCAAUCAUCAUUAAGAUUAUUUUCUCUGUUAACAGAAAAAUACUUAUAAAGGUAGGAAAUUAUACUGCAUUUGAAAAGGAGAUUCCAUGAAUACUCGCUAAAAAAUUAUUUUGUUUAUCUUCAUAAUGCUCCCUCAUAUUUAUCCCCAAAAUAUUUAUUUUACAUACCACAUUUGCAGAAUUCCAAAUUAGCAGGCAGCUGAUUAUCAUGACGAGAGCGUCUGAUGCUUCAAUACACCACAUUACUCCUGUAAUUAAUAUAGUAUGAAUAAGAUAGAUAGAUGGAAUGCCCUUUAAUCAAAUUAUAACAAUACAUUUAAUCUAAACUUAUGUUAAGGUAAUGUAUUACAAAAGGCAGCCUUAUCGCAUUAUGCAAUCUCUUCAAGACAAGAACAAUGAGAGGGAAUAUUCUUUUUUAAUAUAAACUUAUUAUUAUUGUACCUACAUAGAUAGACAGAUAAAUAAAUUCUUUAUUAAGAAAAAAAAAAUUUCCUAUAGGUACCUAUAUCGACUUAGUGGCAUCAUUUAAAUUCUUCAGUCGGCAAGUACCCUCGGUACUUAGAAGUCUAGAACUCGACCUAUGAGCUGGGCCGAAGAUUGGUGAAAUACGCCACAUAGGCAGAACAUUUCCAAUAUUUUUGUCCAUAGGUACUCACUAGUCACAUCGAUGUCAUCAAUGUACAGCUUGUCCUCCUUACUCAUCAGCAUUAUAUGCAGAUCAUUUGGCAAAGGCUCUUCGUCAAACAUCACCACCUCUAAUUUCACGUUGCAAGUCAAGCCUAGCAACAAACAGACUGCGGCCAUGAAGGUGGCUGACAGAGUAGCUUUUGACGCUUUCGCCUGAAGUUGAUCAGCUUGGGCGAAAGUGUGCAUUCUGAGGUAAUUCAUACUGAUUUGCAUAUAGUCGAUGACAGCGCCGAAUAAAGGCACUUUAGAACGCGCGAAGGUCAUGGUUUUGGCCAGCACAGCGCCGUUGGAACCAUCUCCACAAUCCAUAAUUGUAGGGAAAUAUUGCUGAUUGUUUUACGGUAAUUUGAAAUUGAAAGAUUUUGUAAUUUUUGACGUUUGACUUGGCAGGCUGAAAAAGAUUGCAUGUAGCAUUUUUGCGAAGGUCUGUUAAAUCGUUACGAUCUCCGCCUCCGCCUGGAACACCUAUUUUCUAUUUUACUUUUGAGACACAGGUUUUACCUCGGUAUAAUUACCUAUAACUAGUUUUUAUCCGCAGCUUCGCCUGCGUGAAUUUAGCGCCAUCUACAAAAGAGAACAGAAAGACGGGAACUAUAUAGUAUUUACCAGAAUGAAAAGUAGGAACCCUAUCUUUCUCCAGACUUUUAAUUAUAUAUAGGUACUCAAAAUUUCCAGAAGAUUGAUUCAAUAGUUUAAGCAUGAAGACGCAACAAACAAACAAACUUUCUUUCGCAUUCAUAAUAUUAGUUGAGAUGUUUCGGGCCGUGCUUUUUCACAUAACUACAAAUCAAAAGUUGAAUACUGUGUUAACGGGACAUACAGGACAAAAUAAAAUAAAAAAUAGAGAAAAAUAUUUUAAUUAAAAUGAAGUCGAAGCUUACAAUCAAAUUAAAAAGUUUACACUAACUGGGGUGCCUUUCUAUAUACUAUCAUAUCUAUAAUAAAUUAUGUACCUAAUGCUUAUUCUACAAGUCUCCAAAUAGUUAGUGAUUUUUAUUCCGAAAUUUGUCAUAUAUUGUUUUAAGAAAAAUAUUUUAUAUUCGUCAAUUAAGCAGUGAAAUCUAUACUUAAUAAAAGACAUGGGCCACUUGUACUUAUAUCGUUACAAAAUAUCCAUUUUAUAUUUCAGCUCAAACGUAACAAUUAAUUACUAUACUUCUACGUAAACAUACUUUCGAUAAUUGAUUUUCACUACAAACGCGGCAUCAUCAACGAGCAACAUAUGAAGUUCCACAAUACAUACACAGUAUAUUACGUCUACUUCCCAUGCGGGGUAAACAGAGCUCAACGUGAAUAUCGGACAACAUCGCGCGAGUUGUGUUAUGACACAUACAUAGAUU